AUGGGUGAAGGUAUUUUAAGUUGUCUGGCAUACAAUGUUGGUCUCCCAGGAGCAAAAAUAUUUUCCGGUCCUUCAAAUGAACAGUUUGGCUAUGCAGUGCAGCAGCUCAAAACCCCACAGGGCAACUGGCUGCUGGUUGGGUCUCCAUGGAGCGGCUUUCCUGAGAACAGAAUGGGAGACGUGUACAAAUGCCCUGUUAAUGUACCCACUGCCCGGUGUGAAAAGCUGAACCUGCAAAAUUCAGCAAGCAUCUCAAAUGUUACGGAGAUAAAAACCAACAUGAGCCUGGGUUUGACCCUCACCAGGAACUCGGGAACCGGUGGCUUUCUAACCUGUGGUCCUCUGUGGGCACAUCAGUGUGGAAAUCAGUAUUAUGCAACUGGAAUUUGUUCAGACAUCAGUCCAGACUUUCAGUCCCUGACCAGCUUCUCACCUGCAGUUCAGGCUUGCCCUUCCCUCGUAGAUGUUGUAGUUGUAUGUGAUGAAUCAAACAGUAUUUAUCCCUGGGACGCAGUGAAGAAUUUUUUGGAAAAAUUUGUACAAGGCCUGGAUAUAGGACCCAAAAAGACUCAGGUGGCAUUAAUUCAAUAUGCCAAUGAGCCAAGGGUUAUAUUUAACUUCAACACUUACAAAACCAAAGAGAAAAUAGUUGAAGCCACAUCCCUGACCUCCCAAUAUGGUGGUGACCUCACAAAUACCUUCAAAGCAAUUGAAUUUGCAAGAAAGCAUGCUUAUUUACCAUCUUCUGGUGGGCGCCCAGGUGCUACAAAAGUCAUGGUAGUUGUGACUGAUGGUGAAUCCCAUGAUGGGUCGAUGCUGAAACAGGAGAUCCAGAAAUGCAAUGACAUUGAGAUAUUGAGGUUCGGCAUAGCAGUUCUUGGGUAUUUAAACAGAAAUGCUCUUGAUACUAAAAAUUUAAUCAAAGAAAUCAAAGCAAUUGCUAGUACUCCAACAGAGAGAUAUUUUUUCAAUGUGGCCGAUGAAGCGGCUCUUCUGGAAAAGGCUGGAACACUAGGAGAGCACAUUUUCAGCAUCGAAGGUACUCUUCAAGGAGGAGACAACUUCCAGAUGGAAAUGGCACAAGUAGGAUUCAGUGCAGAUUACUCUCCUCAAAAUGAUAUUCUUAUGUUAGGUGCAGUGGGAGCUUUUGACUGGAGUGGAACUGUUGUCCAGGAGACAUCUCACGAGCACUUGAUCUUUCCUAAACAAGCCUUUGACCACGUUCUGCAGGAUAGAAAUCACAGUUCAUUUUUAGGUUACUCUGUGGCUGCAAUUUCUACUGAAAAGGGUGUCCACUUUGUUGCUGGUGCUCCUCGGGCAAAUUAUACUGGCCAGAUAGUGCUGUACAGUGUUAACAAGGAUGGCAAGGUCACGGUGAUUCAGUCUCACAGAGGGGACCAGAUUGGCUCCUAUUUUGGUAGUGUGCUGUGUUCAGUUGAUGUGGAUAGAGACUCCAUCACAGAUGUGCUGUUGGUAGGUGCUCCCACAUACAUGAAUGACCUCAAGAAAGAAGAGGGAAAAGUCUACCUGUUCACAAUCACAAAGGGCAUCUUGAAUCAGCACCAGUUCCUCGAAGGACCUGAAGGCACUGGAAAUGCUCGGUUUGGUUCAGCAAUUGCAGCCCUUUCAGACAUCAACAUGGAUGGCUUUAAUGAUGUGAUCGUUGGUUCACCUGUAGAGAAUGAGAACUCUGGAGCAGUGUACAUUUACAAUGGUCACCAGGGUACCAUUCACACCAAGUAUUCCCAGAAAAUCCUUGGAUCUGAUGGAGCCUUCAAGAGUCAUCUCCAGUUCUUUGGAAGGUCCCUGGAUGGUUAUGGGGAUUUAAAUGGGGAUUCCAUCACUGAUGUAUCCAUUGGUGCUUUGGGGCAAGUGGUUCAACUCUGGUCACAAAGCAUUGCUGAUGUGGUUAUCGAAGCUUCAUUCAGUCCAGACAAAAUCACAUUGCUCAACAAGGAAGCUAAGAUAACCCUCAAACUCUGCUUCAGAGCAAACUUUAAACCUACUGGGCAAAACCAUCAAGUGGCCAUCCUGUUUAACAUGACACUUGAUGCAGACAGAUAUUCGUCCAGAGUAACCUCCAGGGGGACAUUUAGAGAAAACAAUGAACGAUUCCUGCAGAAGAAUGUGAUUGUAACCCAAGUACAGAAAUGUUCUGAGUACCACAUUAGCAUACAGAAGCCCUCUGAUGUUGUCAACCCUCUGGAUCUGCGUGUGGACAUCAGCUUGAAAAACCCUGGCACUAGCCCUGCCCUUGAAGCCUAUUCUGACACUGUCAAAGUCUUCAGCCUGAUCCUGGAUGUCAGAGAUCUGCCAGCCAUUCAAGAUCAACCCUUUAUUGUCAGCAACCAGAACAAAAGGUUAACAUUUUCAAUCACACUGAAGAACAGAGGGGAGAGCGCAUACAACACUGCAGUCGCGGCGGAAUUUUCAGAGAACUUGUUUUUUGCUUCUUUUUCCAUGCCGGUCGAUGGAACAGAAGUAUCAUGCCAGGUUGGCGCAUCGCAGAAAUCUGUUACCUGUGAUGUGGGAUAUCCCGCCUUAAACAGUGAACAGGAGGUGACUUUUACCAUCAACUUUGACUUCAACUUUCAAAACCUCCAUAAUCAGGCAUCCAUCCAUUUUCAAGCCUUCAGUGAGAGCCAAGAGGCAAACAAAGCAGACAACUCAGUCAGUCUCAAGAUCCCUCUUCUGUAUGAUGCCGAAAUUCACCUAACCCGAUCCACCAACAUAAAUUUUUGUGAAAUCUCUUCGGAUAAGAAUGCUCCCUCUGUCAUAAACAGUGUUGAAGAAAUUGGACCUAAAUUCAUCUUCUCUCUCAAGGUAACAACAGGAAGUUCUCCGGUAAGCAUGGCAUCAGUAACCAUCCACAUUCCUCAGUACACCAAGGCAAAGAACCCACUCCUGUAUCUGACUGGGGUGCAAACAGAUGAGGCUGGUGAUAUCAGUUGCACAGCAGAAAUAAACCCACUAAAGCUGGGACACGAGUCCUUUCCUGUAGCUUUCAAGAGUGAAAACUUCUGGCACACGAAAGAAUUGGACUGCACAACCACCUCCUGCAGUGACAUCACCUGCUGGCUGAAGGAACUUCACCCGAAAACAGAGUACUUUAUCAAUGUGACUACCAGAGUCUGGAACAGGACCUUCGCUGCUUCGACUUUCCAGACUGUGCAACUGACAGCAGCAGCAGAAAUGGAUACCCACAACCCCCAGCUAUACGUGAUCGAGGACAAAACCGUCACGAUUCCCCUUAUGAUAAUGAAACCCACUGAGAAAGCAGAAGUACCAACAGGGGUUAUAAUAGGAAGCAUAAUUGCUGGGAUCCUCUUGCUGCUGGCUCUGGUUGCAGGUUUGUGGAAGCUUGGCUUCUUCAAAAGACAAUAUAAAAAAAUAAUCCAAAAUCCAGAUGAGACGGAUGAGACCACAGAACUCAACAGCUAAACCCCCGCGACACCACGGCAUGGUGGCUGGCGACAUCCCUGCUAGGGUUCACUGUGUGGUGAAUGGAUUUCUCUUACAGUCCAGCUUUAAAUAAUUUAACAGGGAAACUAGCCUGAUAAUUUUAGAGUAACUGCUGGUCAGUUGGGGAAGAAGACAUUGUGGGUGGUGGUUAGGGCUAGGAAGACCAAAGACAUUAUAUAG